GGCAGAGGGGUUCUAAUGUGUUUCAACGGAAGCACAGUUCCUUGCGGUUUGAGUCCUGGGGACUGAAGUCUAUUUAUGCACAGCAGAAUCAGUAGCAUAAUGAACCCUGACCACUGCCAAAGAACAUCAACCUUGUCCAUGGCCUGAUGAGACUGAUUUUAUAGUUGAGAGGAUAGUUCAAUCUCCAGAGCUUAUUAUAUCCUUGAUCUCCCUGCCAACCUCAGUGCUACUUGUGAUGGAUAGUUUCUGUCAAGAGGAUAUCUGUCCUAUAGGCACUGGACUGAGACAACUAACUUGCAUCACAUAGGCUACCAAAGUGCCAUAAUAUGGUAGCAAUUUUCAGUCACUACUCACCUGAUAUGGCUCAGGACCAGCAACCGAGAGGUGCAAGGCUCUGGGCUAAAUCCUGGCCCAGGCGCUGGCCCCUUUGCACUGCUUGCAGAGCAAAGCCGUGAGAAAACUGACCUAAGACGGUAAUUGAGGUCUGGUAUAGGAGCACUACAACUGUUCUUACAUCAAAUGAAGAUUCCUCUACACCGAGGGAAUCCCCCACCAUGUGAGGAGCACAAAGCUCUGGAAAUAUGGGAUAGCCAGGCUCAUGGUCUGCAACUCAUUUAUGAGCAGUUUGUUCAUUUGCCCUGCUUUUAUCCUUGAGCAGCUGCAGGGGGCGCUAGUGAGUCCAGAUGGAAAAUGGGCAGAGUUUCCCAUUGCAGGUAGCAGCCGAAACAGAAGGACCCUACUGUUUAUCAGACAGCUGAAGAAUAUCCUAGAGCUUCGCUGUUUUUAUAGGAUCCUUCCCUCUGACAAACUACAAGAUGAGUGUCUGGAGUUGGCUUACUUUCUCUCAGGGGUUGUUCCUGUACCUUGCUCUCCAAAUAGCUGCUGUUCAGCUCCCCCAUGAAUCUCACAACUGUACCAGCAAUGGUCAGAAAAUCUCCUUCAGCCACUCAUAUAAGAUUGACCUACCCAAAUCAUCCCAGAUCAAGGUGGAGGCGGACCCAUUGCCGCUCAAAAACGACAGUCAUGUGCUGCUUGCUGCUGGGGAUGCGGACAAGGAGGAGGAGCAGAAUAUCAUAUUCAGACACAACAUCCGAGUUCAGACACUGAGAGGUGACUGUGAAGCUUUCGGACACAUGAAAGAUCUGGUGGAAAGGGUGGAAAAGAUGGAGAAAGAAAUGAUGGUGCUCAAGGAGGCCUGCAGAGUACAGAGGUGCUGUGGGGGAGUCCAAGGUGUCUCGAAUUGCAGUGGCCAUGGAACUUUCAUCAAAGAGAUCUGUGGAUGUGACUGUGAUGAAGGCUGGGAGGGCAGCGAUUGCUCCCGUCCCAGCUGCCCCAACAAUUGCAAUGGCAAUGGACGCUGCGUUGAUGGCAAAUGCAUCUGCAGCAAACUCUACGUUGGUGAAGACUUCAGUCAGCGGCUGUGCCCUAUGAACUGCAGUGGCAAUGGAAUCUGCAACAAUGGUGUGUGCCAGUGCUAUGAGGAGUUCAUUGGAGAUGACUGCAGCGAGAAGAGAUGCCCCAAUGACUGCAGUGGCAACGGUUUCUGUGACAGUGGCGAGUGCUACUGCCACGAUGGUUUCAUUGGGCUUGACUGCUCCCAGGUCAUUGCUCCUCAGAAUGUGCAGCUGCUGAAGACCACGGAAGAUUCUUUGACCUUCAGCUGGGAUCAGGUGCUCGAUGUGGAUUAUUACCUCCUCAGCUAUUAUCCGAUAGGGCAUGAGGUCUCCGCAGUACAAGUCAGAGUGCCCAAAGGACAGCUCAGCUAUGAGAUCCCGGGCCUUCAUCCUAGCACAAAGUAUCAGAUCACACUUCAUUAUGUGAAGAAGGGGAUUUCCAGUAACCCAGAACACCUACAAGCAAGGACAGCCCUAUCUGCAGUUAGCGCUGCCUGGGUGACAGAGGAGAUGGAGGAUUCGCUGGAAGUGGAGUGGGAGAACCCCCCAACAGAGCCGGACUAUUUUAAACUGAGGUUCAGCUCAUUGCAAGGACAGGAGAAGGAGGUGGUGGUGCCUAAAAGCAGCGAACCGAAGAGCAGAUACAUCAUCAGCGGCCUGAAGCCUGGCACAGAGUAUAAGAUCAUUGUCAUAUCCGUGAAGGAUGAGAUUGAAGGAAAACCAUCUAUAGUGAAUGGCCGAACUGGAAUAGACAGCCCAACUCACCUGGAGACCGACCGAGUGACAGAGGACACAGUCACCAUCUCAUGGAACAGGGUCCAGGCUCCCAUAGACACAUACAUGGUGAGCUACACCUCAGCUGAUGGGGAUACCAGAGAGAUAGCUGUAGGGAAAGACCAGAAUACCACCACCCUGAUGGGUCUGAAGCCAGGCAUGGAAUACAACAUCUACAUCUGGGCUGAGAAGGAAGGCUUGCAGAGCAAGAGAGCAAACACGAAAGCUGAGACAGAAAUUGACAGCCCAACAAACCUGGUGACAGACCGAGUGACAGAGGACACAGCCACCAUCUCCUGGAAUGAGGUGCAGGCUCCCAUAGACAGAUACGUGGUGAGCUACACCUCAGCUGAUGGGGACACCAGAGAGAGAGCCAUGGGGAAAAACCAGAGCACCAUCACCCUGACAGGUCUGAAGCCAGGCCUGGAGUACAUCAUCUACAUCUGCGCUGAGAAGGGAGGCCAGAAGAGCAAAAGGGCAAACACUAAAGCUGUGACAGAAAUUGACAGCCCAACUAACCUGGUGACCAAUCGAGUGACAGAGGAUACAGCCACCAUCUCCUGGAACAGGGUCCAGGCUCCCAUAGACACAUACAUGGUGAGCUAUACCUCAGCUGAUGGGGACACCAGAGAGAUAGCUGUGGGGAAAGACCAGAGCACCACCACCCUGACAGGUCUGAAGCCAGGCAUGGAAUACAACAUCUACAUCUGGGCUGAGAAGGGAAGUCAGCAGAGCAAAAGGACAAACACGAAAGCUGUGACAGGCAUUGACAGCCCAAUUAACCUGGUGACCGACCGAGUGACAGAGGGCACGGCCACCAUCUCCUGGAACAGAGUCCAGGCUCCCAUAAACAGAUACAUGGUGAGCUACUCCUCAGCUGAUGGGGACACCAGAGAGAUAGCUGUGGGGAAAGACAAGAGCAUCACCACUCUAACGGAUCUGAUGCCAGGCAUGGAGUACAUCAUCUAUAUCUGGGCUGAGAAGGGAGGCCAGCAGAGCAAGAGAGCAAACACAAAAGCUGUGACAGAAAUUGACUCUCCCAAGAACCUCCGUGUAUCAGAUGUGACACAGACCAGUGGUGUAGUUACCUGGACGCCGCCUGCUGCACAGAUCAGUGGCUACACUCUGACCUACCAGGCUCCAGAUGGCACCAGCAAGGAAGUGCAACUGGGUCCUAAUGAGCAAAGGUUCAUACUGGAAGGCCUGGGACAAGGAGUGAGGUACACAGUCUACGUGGUGGCCUUUAAGGGAGACCGCCGGAGCAGAAAGGCAGCCAAUACCUUCUUGACAGUUGCCUUCCUCUACCCAUAUCCUGCUGACUGCAGCCAGACCCAGCAAAAUGGGAAUGCCACCAGUGGCAUGUACACUAUCUACCUGAAUGGUGAUGCUGGCAGGCCCAUGCAGGUGUACUGUGACAUGACCACCGAUGGAGGCGGAUGGAUAGUGUUUCAGAGGCGGAACACAGGGCAGCUGGAUUUCUACAAGCGCUGGAGGAAUUAUGUUGAAGGCUUUGGAGAUCCCCUAGGGGAAUUCUGGCUUGGUCUUGACAAGCUACACAAUCUCACUAGCAGUACUCCCAUUCAGUAUGAGAUCCGGGUGGAUUUGCAGACCUCCAAUGACUCUGCCUAUGCUGUCUAUGACUUUUUCCAGGUGGCUUCGAGCAAGGAUAAGUACAGGCUUUCUGUGGGGAAUUACCAAGGCACUGCUGGGGAUGCGCUGACUUACCACAACGGCUGGAAAUUCACCACCUGGGAUAGGGACAAUGAUGUGGCUCUGAGCAACUGUGCGCGGUCACACCAGGGUGCCUGGUGGUACAAGAACUGCCACUUAGCUAACCUCAAUGGCAAAUAUGGAGAAAACAAGCACAGUGAGGGGGUCAACUGGGCACCAUGGAAAGGCCAUUUGUUCUCCAUCCCUUACACUGAAAUGAAGAUCCGUCCUCAAUCAUCCAGCAAUGAACCAAUCCUGGGGAGGAAAAAAAGAUCUCAGGCAGGGAAAAAGAAGAUGACCAGGGCCUAAAAUGGCCUCCAAGCAGGGCCAAGCCUGUCAAUUCCUGACAAUGGAAUUCCAUUAUUUUGUAACUAAAUGUAAGGACUUGAACAGCUUGUUCCAGUACUUAUGUAACGAAUGCCCAGCCUACUGCAGCCCAUGCUCAGAGCUCUCUGGGUUCACAACCCAGCCUGCUUGAAGCAUUUGGAGGCUAUUGACAAAAGUCACCAGUCACAGAGUGGGAGGGGACUGAUGGGGAAUAUUAACAUUUACAGCUAUCCUGAUUGGCUGAACUCGACAAGGACCUGACUCGUCCAAUGCACACAGAUGACCUAUUUUCCCUGAUCAUUAUGAACUUUACAAGCAAGCUUUAAACUCAGGCUGUGGCUUCCCACAACCCAAGUUGCUGAACCUCAUAUUUGCAAAUGCCCUUCAGUACUAGAUAUUGCUACCAGCUACUACUGUAACUUCUCAGGCCUCCAGGGGGCAUUGUGAAGUUAAAAUGCUUCAUCUUGUCAAGUUAAAAUGCAUCCAGUUAAAAUGCACCCUUAUCUAUGUUGAAAAUAAUCCAGUGGGUUGAUAAUUUUAAGAGUCUAGUUUACUUGCAUCUAUUUUUACUCCGUGUUUUUCUUCUCCUAAUUUCCAGCUUGGAUGAAGAAAAGAGGCCAUUGCGCUUCACUUUUAUUAAUAAUCAGCCUCUAGUCACUUUCUCUUUCAGAUCCUCAUGCACUAGCACAAUGCCAUAGUCUUUGGGUUGUCUACACUAUGGGGAAAGAUUUGGUUUUCAAACACUGCUUCUUUUGGAAGUUUAAAAACUACACGGGAACAUUUCACCUAGUUUUAAGUUUUUAUAUAAGCUUCUUUUUAUAAAAACCUACAUUUCCCAUCUAAAUUAAACCUAACAGUGUCACUUUAGAGCCCCUGGUUAUUAAACCUCAGUUCAGGUUUAUUUGUAGCUCACCCCUGAGCUGCUCUAUAAUUCUCUUUGGCUACAAGUUGGCCAUUUUAGUGCCAACUCCAGGUGCCAUGUGUAAUGCUCCCCCAGCUGACAUGGGCUCUGCUGUGACAAGAGGAAUGGCUCUCCCUCUAGUUGGUUGGAAAGGAAAAUGAGGACUGGAAUGAGGAAUAUGUACCAAUAGGGGAUUUGUUGUCAGAUGGCAUCAACAUCAGAAUAGCUGAGAGCACCUGAGUUCUCUGAAUAGGAUUCUCUUGGUGACCUUGGACAACUCAUUUCAUUCCUCUGCCUCAGUGUUCUGAUCUGCAAGAUGGGGAGAAUAAUAGUCACCAACCUACCUCAGAGGGGUGUUUUGUGUGUUACUUAGUUAAUGCUGGCAAAGCGCUUUGAAGAUAAUUAAGUACUAAAUAUUAUUUUGAAUACAACAGAUAAUACUUCACAGGAGAGAAAUCUCUUCACUCAUCCCCCUCUCUCCUUGGUCCAUGCAGUAUCUGUCUCCUCUUCCUUCACCUCUCAAUGCUAGAUGCAGAGCAUUGUUUACUCUUAAAGGUACAGUCCCACCAUUACAGGCGUUGAGCAUCAUGAAAUGCUUUCUGUUAAACUGCUGGUAAAGUUAAUCAACCCUGGUUUAAACUCUGUUGUCUUGGGUCCUCUAAUUCCAGCUCCAUGUCUCUUCAUACUAAAAUCCUUCUGUAUAAUUUAAUUGUAACCUUUAGAAAGCUGGUAUCUUCCAGCCAAAACAAAUGCCUAGGAGGGAUUA